CUCCCCGGCGAUCUGCCCCUGAGCCGUGCAAUAUUCCGCCUGCACCUCGUCGCCUCCUUCUCUCUUUUUACCACGCUCCUUUUUUUCGUUUUCUUCUCUUUUCUUCUUCUUCUUCUUUUUUUUUUUAAUUAAUUAUUUUGAUUGCACUACAUGUUUGGGAAACAAGACAAAAUGGACGUUAGGUGCAGUUCAGACUCUGAAGCGAACCGGGUCUCGAAGAACGGACAUAAGGAGGGCAAGGAAAGCAAAGGGUCUGAAGGAAAUAUUUCCACUUCUUUUUUGAAGGAGCAGCAAGGGACUUUUUCUGCCUCUGCAGCCUCGGAAGAUUGUAAUAAAAGUAAAUCUAGUCCGGCCGAUCCGGACUAUUGCAGGAGGAUCCUAGUUAGAGAUGCCAAAGGUUCAAUCCGGGAGAUUAUCCUGCCCAAAGGGCUCGACCUGGACCGGCCCAAGCGGACGCGGACCUCCUUCACGGCCGAGCAGCUGUACCGCCUGGAGAUGGAGUUCCAGCGCUGCCAGUACGUGGUGGGCCGCGAGCGCACCGAGCUGGCCCGGCAGCUCAACCUCUCCGAAACUCAGGUCAAGGUGUGGUUCCAGAACCGACGCACCAAGCAGAAGAAGGACCAGGGCAAGGACUCGGAGCUGCGGUCCGUGGUGUCGGAGACCGCGGCCACCUGCAGCGUCCUGCGGCUGCUGGAGCAAGGCCGGCUGCUCUCCCCGCCCGGCCUGCCCGGCCUCCUGCCCCCCUGCGCCACCAGCGCCCUGGGCUCUGCGCUGCGGGCGCCCAGCAUCACCAUCGGCACCACGGGCACCACCAGCUCCGGCUCGGGGCCGGCGGGCGGCUCCCCGCACCCCCCGGCGGUGAGCAGCGCCGCGGGGCCGCCCCCGGCCGCGGGACUCCACGCCUCCCCUCCCGCGGGGCACAACCUGUUCAGCCUGCCCGUGCCCACCCUGCUGGGCUCGGUGGCCAGCCGCCUCUCCUCUAAUCCCUUGACAAUGGCCGGGUCUCUGGCAGGGAACUUGCAGGAACUGUCCGCCAGGUACCUGAGCUCCUCCGCCUUCGAGCCCUACUCGCGGACCAGCAGUAAAGAAGGCGCUGAGAAAAAAGCCCUGGACUGACUCUAAGUAACUCUAUGUAUUUAUAUUUAUAGUCUCUCUUUGUGGCGAUAUUUAUGGCAUCACGACACGUUUUAGCAUCUCACCAGCCUCCCCCCGCUUGCCCACCCCCAGCCCGUCCCAUCCCCAGACCCGGAAAGGACGCCCAAGCGGUAGCGGACACGUCGGAUCAGUGAAGCGAAACAAACUAAACCGCCCCAGUUUAGCUCCCGAACGGCCCCGGGCCCAGAUCCGCUCGGGGGAGAGGGCAAACGGGGGAGAGACUGGUUUCCAAACCCGCCAGCCACACCGUUUGCCCUCACCCUGAAUCCGCCUCCUCGGGGCCUGCGGUU